AUGGAGAGGUCUUCAGGGCCGCAUGGCCUUAUGAACGAGAGGCCUCCUCUUCUGAACGGACUUGAAGGGAGAAAAGGAAAUGACACCCCGGAAAAUGGUCAGCUGACAGAUCUCGAACAUGGAGAUGCAGUACCGGCAGCACAUGUGGGCAUCAGUAGAGUAUUUUCACUUGCAAAGCCUGAAGCUGGUAGUUUGAUUGUUGGCACAGUUGCUUUGUUAAUUGCAUCCACAUCAAGCAUAUUAGUGCCAAAAUUUGCGGGGAAAAUAAUUGACAUUGUUUCUGGAGAUACUCAAACACCUGAACAGAAAUCUGAAGCUUUGGAUGCUGUCAAGAACACAAUUCUCUAUAUAAUUCUAAUUGUCAUAAUCGGUUCAAUUUGUACAGCACUUAGAGCAUGGUUGUUUUCUUCUGCUAGUGAGAGGGUUGUUGCUCGAUUGAGAAAGAAUCUAUUCAGUCAUCUUAUUCACCAGGAAAUAGCCUUUUUUGAUGUUACUCGCACAGGGGAACUUUUGAGUAGGCUAUCUGAAGAUACGCAGAUUAUAAAAAAUGUUGCAACCACCAACCUUUCAGAGGCUCUAAGCAGUCUUUCUACAGCAUUUAUUGGUCUGGGGUUCAUGUUUACAACAUCAUGGAAGUUAACAUUGUUGGCUUUGGUUAUUGUUCCUGCAAUAUCCAUUGCUGUCAGAAAAUUUGGAUGCUAUCUGCGUGAACUUUCUCACAAGACUCAAGCCGCUGCUGCAGUAGCUUCAUCUAUUGCUGAGGAAACGUUUGGUGCGAUACGCACGGUGAGAUCAUUUGCACAAGAAGAAUAUGAGGCCUCACGGUACUCUGGAAAAGUUGACGAGACAUUAAAUCUUGGACUCAAACAGGCAAAAGUUGUUGGUUUUUUCAUUGGAGGUUUUGAGGCAACUGCAACGCUAUCAGUUAUUGCAGUAGUAAUAUAUGGAGCUACCCUGACAAUCAAUGGGUCCAUGACUCCGGGAUCACUCACAUCCUUCAUUCUGUAUAGCUUAACUGUUGGAAUGUCAGUAUCUGGACUUUUUAACUUGUAUACGGUGGCAAUGAAAGCUGCUGGAGCUAGUAGGCGAGUUUUCCAGCUCUUAGAUCGUGUUUCUUCCAUGCAAAAAUCUGGAAAUAAGUGUCCAUUGGGAAAUGAAGAUGCAGAAGUGGAGUUGGAUGAUGUUUGGUUUGCUUAUCCAUCCCGUCCAAAUAAUAUGGUCCUGAAGGGAAUAACAUUGAAACUACAGACUGGUUUUAAGGUCGCAUUGGUGGGUCCAAGUGGUGGUGGAAAGACGACAAUUGCAAACUUGAUAGAGAGAUUAUAUGACCCAGUCAAAGGAAAGAUAUUGCUUAAUAGAAUUCCUCUGGUCGAAAUAUCUCAUGAUCAUCUACAUAAAAAGAUCAGUAUAGUGAGCCAAGAACCUGUUCUUUUUAACUGCUCGAUCGAAGAGAACAUAGCCUAUGGAUUAGAUGGUAAAGCAAGCAGCAUUGAUAUAGAAAACGCUGCAAAAAUGGCCAAUGCCCACGAAUUCAUAGCCAAGUUUGCCGAGACUUAUCAAACGCAUGUCGGGGAACGUGGAGUGAGGCUUUCUGGAGGCCAAAAACAAAGAAUAGCCAUUGCUCGAGCUCUUCUAAUGAAUCCCAGAAUCCUACUUUUAGAUGAGGCAACUAGUGCCCUGGAUGCCGAAAGUGAAUAUCUAGUUCAGGAUGCCAUGGAUUCCCUAAUGAAGAGUCGGACCGUGCUAGUCAUAGCUCAUAGGCUUUCAACUGUAAAGACUGCAGACACUGUUGCAGUGGUUUCUGGUGGCCAGAUAGUGGAAAGUGGCACUCACGAUGACCUCCUCUGCAAGAAUGAUGAUCUUUGUGACGAGGACUAUUACAGUAGUGAUGAUGAGGUUAACCUUGGACAUGUUGAUGCACCCGAAGAUGACAUACCCAAUGCUCCUAUAUCUUUCACAGCAGAAGUUGCAUGGUCUAAUAAUAGGGAUACAAUGGUUGAUGACAUGUGGGAGAAUCGACGACAUUCUAUGGGUCCUUUUCAUGUUCCCAAACCGACCACCCUUUCAGAUGGGGAUAACACUGAUUUUGGUAGAUCACAAGUUGAUCUUAAUGCUAGGACUCGUCAAGUACGUUGGAGUGAUGAGAUGGAUGGUUUUAUGAUCACUUCACUCGUUGAUCAAGUGUUGGCUUGGCACAAACGAAAUGACAAUGGCUUUACCACAUUCCAAGUAUCUAACGCAAUUGACAGGGUUAACAAUGGAUGCAGGGUCAUGGUCUCAGAUAAGAAUGGAAAGCCAGAAUGUGGAAAGUGGAGGACCAAACUUUGUCCAAGAUAUGAUGACAUGGAGACUACCUUUGGCAAUGAUGCUACUACCGGAGAUCGAGCAGUGUCUGGCUUCGACCAUUUCUCCCCAAUGAAUGGUAUGCAAUAUAUUUUAUAG